AUAACAAACAACCAUAUUCUUACAACAAAGUUAUAAACUCUCGUUCUCAAAUUCAAUCAUCAAGUCCAAUAUUCUUUUUUUAUCUCAGAUCCAACGUUCCUAAAUCCAUUUUCCAAAUUUGGUAUCCCAAAACAUCCAUUUUCAAAAUAUUGUCUACUUUCCUUUUUUAUUUUCGAAUGUAAAAAAAAUAAGAAAGAGUUAUAAAUUCAAUCAUUGUUUGAUCCGCACACAUGGGAUCUUUCUCCGAUUCAAGAAUAAUCGUCCGUGGAUCUCGUUCGUCGUUUUCGAAAUACGACAACCAAAAUUCGGUUUUUGGAUUCUGAAUUCAAAAACUAAAGACCAAAAACACAGAAGAGAAGAAAGAGAGAGAGAGAGAGAGUUUGUGCUUUUGAUUUGUUGUUGUUGUUGUUGUUGAAGAUCGAGAAAGUAAAUAUGAGGGUGGCGAAGUGUCAGGUAUGGCAGCCUUGCAAGAAGAAGAGGUUUUGAUUAGGAAGAUUUUAGAGAGAGAUAGAGAAGCGGAAGAGGUUUUGAGGAGAAAAGAGAGAGGAAAGAAGAUCGAGGGAAGGGGGAUACGCUAGGGUUUUCUUGAAGAUGACGACAAGGCCAAGCGGCAGUGGUAGCACUGGCAGCAGCAGGACGCGAGUUGGGAGGUAUGAGCUGGGUCGGACCCUGGGCGAGGGCAAUUUCGCUAAGGUUAAGUUCGCCAGAAACGUCGAGACUAAUGAGAACGUCGCCAUUAAAAUUCUCGACAAGGAGAAAGUUCUCAAGCACAAGAUGAUCGGUCAGAUCAAACGUGAAAUAUCAACGAUGAAACUAAUUAGGCACCCGAAUGUCAUCCGGAUGUAUGAGGUAAUGGCUAGCAAGACAAAAAUUUACAUUGUUAUGGAAUUUGUGACUGGAGGAGAACUCUUUGACAAAAUUGCUAGUAAAGGAAGACUGAAGGAAGAUGAAGCAAGAAAAUAUUUUCAGGAGCUAAUAUGUGCUGUGGAUUAUUGUCAUAGCAGAGGUGUUUUUCACAGGGACUUAAAGCCGGAGAAUCUGCUGUUGGAUGCUAGUGGUUCUCUUAAAGUUUCAGAUUUUGGGUUGAGUGCACUUCCUCAGCAAGUUCGUGAGGAUGGAUUACUUCACACUACCUGUGGAACACCAAACUAUGUUGCUCCUGAGGUUAUCAACAACAAAGGGUAUGAUGGAGCGAAGGCAGAUUUAUGGUCAUGUGGUGUGAUUCUUUUUGUCCUAAUGGCUGGUUACUUGCCUUUUGAAGAAUCUAACCUCAUGGCAUUAUAUAAAAAGAUACACAAGGCUGAAUUUACAUUUCCACCAUGGUUUUCCUCAAGUGCAAAAAAACUAAUUAAAAGAAUCUUGGAUCCGGACCCCUCGACGCGAAUUACGAUUGCUGAGAUAAUUCAAAAUGAGUGGUUUAAGAAGGGAUAUAAACCGCCAAGAUUUGAACAAGCUGAUGUUAGUGUUGAUGAUGUGGAUGACAUCUUCAAUGAAUUAGGGGAAUCUGGAAACCUUGUUGUGGAGAGGCGGGAAGAAGGCUCUACAGCGCCUGUUACUAUGAAUGCUUUUGAGCUAAUUUCUACAUCUCAGGGCCUGAACCUAAGUUCACUUUUUGAAAAGCAAAUGGGACUUGUUAAACGAGAGACUAGAUUCACAUCUAAAUGUUCUGCCAAAGAUAUAAUUACAAAAAUUGAACAAGCUGCUGGGCCCCUGGGUUUUGAUGUAAAAAAGAAUAAUUUCAAGUUGAAGCUUCAUGGAGAGAAGAGUGGACGCAAAGGUCCUUUAUCUGUUGCAACAGAGAUUUUUGAAGUGGCCCCUUCCCUCUACAUGGUUGAAGUCCGGAAAUCUGGAGGAGAUACUCUGGAAUUUCACAAGUUCUACAAGAACCUUUCGACCGGGCUGAAAGAUAUCGUGUGGAAAUCGGCCGAUGAAUCAAAGGAUGAAGUGGAGAAUGGUGUUGCUGGUACCCGAGUUACACCAUCUAAAUGAUAGAGCUUGUGUUGUUUUCUUCUCCUCUCUCUUCAAAACAGACUUUUUUGUGAGAUAUUUUCAGAAAUUGCUUUGGAAACUCAGCUUAAUUUUAAGUGUUGUUUGCUUAAUAAUAAAGUCUUCACUUCAGCGGGAGAAACUAGAAUAAAAAUAUAAAUAUGUUUAUACUGGUUUA